AUGAUCGAGGAUUCUGGAGAAAGGCCUGCGCAGGAUCCAAACAAGUUCGCUGUGGAGAGUUUUGCUACCAAGUUAGCUGAAAGCGUCGAGAGCAAGCUGUUUGGGAUUAAUCUCCUGUCACGGAUGCAAGGAUUCCAGAAGGAGAAGGCGCCAACGUUGAAGCAAAAAGGAUAUCAAUAUCAGGUGGAUUUCAACGUACAACUUAUCAACAUGUUAGCGGAAGCUAAGAAGAAAGGAAGUUUCGAGGAAGCGAUUGACAAGGCUUCAGCGAUGCUCCGGAAACGAAAUCAGGAGAUUGUGUUGCUAGACAGAAAUCCAUCAGCUCUCAAACAGGUCGAAAGCAUGCGUGCAAUUUCGGAAUUGACGGGAACAUCGGAUUCAAGUGACACGAAGCUUUUGGCAUUGGCGUCGAUUCUCGCUAGAGAAGAACCGAGUGCUUCGAGAAGACCAGGCCCGUCGAGGCAGUUGUUUCGAUAUUCGGACUUCGGGGGACGGCGCCCUGAAGUCCGGCAAUUCACAGCCCCUCAACACCAUUACCAGCCAAGACCGUUCCGAAGCACGAAGCAGACGGUUUGGGAGCUCAUCCUACAAAACGAGCGGUUAUCCAUUGUUACAACUGUGGAGAAGGAGGACAUUACGCCAAUCAAUGUGCAAAACCAAGGUAUGGUUAAUCCAGAUUUAAUGUCUAGUAAAGCUAAAUUUUGGGCUAGUAUUCCAGUUAGUCCGUGGAUUUUAGAAGUAGUAGAAAGAGGUUUUGAGAUUAUAUUAAUUGAGAAUUUCAAAUUACCACAUCCUCUGGGGAUAAGAAGAAUGUCAAACAGAUUGUUAGGUUUCGUUCAUGAAGAAGUGGGGAGAUUAUUGGAAGCAGGAGUAGUGGUGGAAACAAUCAAUCCGAUAGUAUGUAGUCCACUUCAAGUAGCGGAUAAUGGGAAGAAGUUAAGAUUGAUUCUAGACUUAUCAGCGCUAAACAAGGGAAUUGAGACACCUAGGUUUCGAUUAGAAGAUUGGAGAGCGGUAUGGCCAUUCCUAGAAAAAGCGAAUUAUGCUGCGACUUUUGAUUUUACAUGGCUUCUUACCAAGGUUUUUAGGCCUUUAGUGGGCAGAUGGAGAGAAAAUGGGGUAAAAAUUUUCUUAUAUAUUGAUGACGGGUUAAUAUUAGCGGAGACGAGGGAAGAAGCGGUAGAAGCGAUGAGAUUAGUAAGAGAGGAGCUGGCAGCAGCAGGUGUAACAGUAGCAGAAGAAAAAUCGUUCUGGACACCGAGUGAACAGUUUACUUGGUUAGGUAUUAAAUGUGACCUGGUCACUAAGUCAAUCAGAUUGACAGAAUCUAGAGAAGUUUCCCUGGGAAAUCAGUUAGCUAAGAUGAAAAAGAGCAAAGCGCCAACGAUCCUGGAUCGUCAAAAGUUAUGCGGUUUCAUUUCUUCAAUGUCUAUUGUUGCAGAAUGUGAGUCAGUGCAGCGGCAACGACAUCUGGCGGCCACAGUGGCGAGGGUGACUUCCGACAACCCAAAAAAGCAACACCUUCAAGUGUCAAUGUCUCAGAUAUGGGACAGUGUAGAGCAAAUUGGGCCGGCAAGGUUCUUGUGGAUUCCCCGCGAGGAAAACACAGAAGCUGAUGCAGCAAAUAUCCCGAGCCCACCUCCAGCGGAACCGACGCCUUUGACCAUUUCACGUGUGCAGCAAAGUCCCUUACUUGAAUCGGAAAGUCCUUACGGUAUUCAAACAGAUAUGACUGACUAUGACAUGAUACCUAUUAUUCAAACAGAAAACAACGAACCGCCUUCUCAAAAACGAAUUGUGGGAUUCUAUUCAGGAGAGGAAUCCACAGAAAUUACAAAAUGUCAACUUAUGAAAUUGACUCAUGCAGUUUUUGCUUCUGUCUUGAUGACGUCAGAAGGACAACUUGAAUUUGUUGAUAGUUCUGGCGAGCAACGUUUUAUGGAUUUGAGCCGGAAAACCAAAGAUGCAAAUGUAAAAAUGAUGUUUUCAAUCGGAGGACAAGAUUUCUCAACAGAACUCAAACAAAAAAUGAGCUGUGAUCAGUUGCUAUCCAUAACAGCUCCACCCACUGGAAUUGAAAACUGGGAGGCCGGUUUUGAUUUGGAUGGGAUUCUGAGCCAAGUGGAUUUUGUGAAUGUGUGGUCGAUGGACUACUAUGGACCAUGGGAAAAUCAAUGGGGAGCUUCAGUGGGCCCGUCUGCUCCAUUGUAUAGUGGAGUUGCGCUGAGAACGAAUUUCAAUGUCAAUUACACAAUGGAAUACUAUGUCGGAAAAACAGAGCAACCCGAAAAAUUCAAUAUUGUGAUUCCGUUUUAUGCAAGGCUUUGGAAGAAUGUGACAACACCCAUAGUAGAGGGAAAAGAGAUUUUUCGAAAUUCCGAACUAUUCGAUGGAAAACCAGAAGGGAAUCCUUACAUUCCCAUGUGGGCAGUAGAUCACGAGAAAUGGACAUUGUCGGAUGCAGUGUAUGAUGAGACUACAAAAACGUCUUAUAUCUACAACCAAAAUGCGAAAUCUUAUUUGACAUUUGAAACUGGAAGGAGCAUAUCUGACAAAAUGAACUACGCCAAGACACAGAAAUUGGGAGGAAUAUGGAUUUGGUUGGUGGAUAUGAAUGAUCACUCCAAUAGUCUUUUGAACAUGACCAAACACAUUUCCACUACAACAGAAUUCGUUUAA